GGCGGCAUCGCCCUCCGCCGGCUCCGUCCCGCCCAGGGCGAGAGGGGUUCCCGCUCGCCCCUGCCUCUCUCCCCGAGGAGCCCGGGAGCCAGCGGGGAGGCGUGUACCAGCCGGGUAAGGAGAAGAGCCAGCGACCCAGCUCGAGCACUCUCGCUUAUGGGAGAGGAUUCUGGUGGCUGAGCAGAGCGGGAGCGGUUCAGAGCCAAAGCUCGCUGCUGCUGCGGGUCUCUGGGCUCUUGCUGUCUGAGAGGUAUCGCUGCUGAGAACUGAACAGCACUGACCUCCUCCACCCAAGUCUCCUUCCUUUAUUAAGAAUUCUUUGAGUUUUUCCCAGGUGUCUCACUGGGUUCAGUGGAAGGGGCUAUCAGGUCUCUGCGAUCAGUGCCGUUUUCGCCCUUUCCACAGACUUUUUGCUCUCCUUCUUGUUCAAAUGUGAAAUGGGAUCACAAAUAUCUCUCUUAAAGCAGUUGUGAGUCUUCUGCCUUUGCUCUGAGCCAUUAUACUUCUGUGCUCAGAGUUCAGUGGACUCCCUUCUGCCUGUAAAAAUAUCAGUGGCGAACAGCAGCAGGCUUAGGAGUCAGCUGUGCAAAACAUCUUCUCGCUCCCACUGUAGCCUAGCAUCUCUCUCAACCACCCUCAUAGCUUUCUGAACCUACUGUGGUGUUUCAGUCAAACCCGGUAACGUAAAGGUCUGAAAGAGGCAGAGACCACGAAUGUUUUGCAAAAAAAACUUAGCUUCUGGGAAUUUAUGCCCGUGUUAUGCUCCUCUUGAGGGAAAGGCAGGAAUAACGUAGCUUUUAAGUGUCCUGAGAGUGCAGAAUGUGCAUGGCCACGUGUGCUGCCUUUUGCUUGGCCAAAAGGAUGAGAGGUUGAAUGCAGGAUUGUUGUGGGAGCGGUGUAGAGACACAUGGGGUGAUGGAGCGAACCUACAAGGAAGCCAGCUUUGUUAGUUUUACUACCGAUAGAGAAACUUCUCAUUACUUGAAGUAGUUUCUCUUGUUUCUGGAGCACUUCGGUGCUCCCAGAUUAUAAAUCUUAGAAGAAAAUACAUUUUUUCUUCACAGUGCAGCACUCUCUACUUGAAAGACUGAAAGGAGAACUCAGUGUGGGCAUGGGGAACACUUGUUUCACAAGCAAUUUCUGAACUGAAAGGAUGUGUCAUGGUUGGGAAAUGGUUGGAGUUGUUUCUGUUCUCUCAAGGUGACUUGACUUUCCCCCUGAAGCAGCUUCUCUUGCUGGUCGAAGCAAAGGAGUUAUUUACUGAGUAUGGCUUAUUUCUUUUCAUUUUUCUUCUUUCCUGUUCAUUCUCUUUAUACCUUCUCUGUCAACUCUAGUGCACAAGAAGGGGUUGAGAGGAAAAAGAGCAAAUGGACAGUAAGUCAAGCAGUAAGGAACCUGUGGUUCUCAGCAGAAAUCACUGCCUCGGUAAUAGCAAAUAGAUUUGAAAGAACUGGACGUAGUAAAGUGAAGAGCAAGAGUACAUGUUUGUUAAGUGAAAGCCUCUGAAAGUCCUCUUAGGAUGUCAGAGGAAAGGGAAACUGGGGGAUCCUUCAAGGCUUUUGAAAGGGAACAGAAGCAGCCUCAUGAAUUGCAUGUGUAGGGCUAGUCUUGUCUGGCAUAAAGCUGCUGUGGUCAAGGCCCUCUCUAGUUCUAGUUUCUUUUAUACUCUGGGUUUCACUUACAGAUUUUAAUAGCCAGCAGAGCCUAGUGUAGCUGCUUUCCAAGGUUAUUGCCACAAAGCAAGUUUUGCAGUACUAGGUGCACUUAGCUAUGAGCAGCAUUAUGUUAUUCUGGGUGCUGUCCAGGCAGGUGACAAGAAACAUUCCCCACUCUUUAGAGUUUACAACUGUCACAAUACUUUAUUAGCUCUGCUGGGUUUGGUGAUUGUGAAAACGCAAUCCACCACUGAAGUGUCUCUUGACACAGUUUUCUCCCAGUUUUGGCAAACUUAAUCCAUUGCUUCAGUAGCCCUUGCCUUUUUUUGAUGCCAUGCACUCAGCACAGGGGAGCUGCAUAUCAAACCAUGGACCCCCCCAGCUGGGGCAUGUAGACAGGCCAUUAAUGCCAGUGUGCUGUGGAGGAGAGUCCCAGCUGGGGUGGUAGGCAGGAUCCUUUAGUCUGUGCUGAAAUCACUGCUGAUAACCAGGUGUUACGUGGGCUCACCCUACCCGCGUGGCGUUGAUCAGGGAAGUCGCUGUUUAGUACAGAGUUCCUGAUGUGGGGGUGGGGAGGUGGGAGCAAGAAGAGUUCAGUAUCGCAGCUCUGAUUGCUCCUGCUUUCCUGCUCUUUGAAAAGGUAAUGAAUACGACCGCAGUUUCUUUACCAUUGAAGGCCUGGAUCUACUAGUCUAGGUUAACAUUUUUGUUUUGUUCAUGUACCUGCUAAACACUGAGCCUCUUCCCUUCUUUUGUGCCUUCAGGACUGUGUGCAGGCAGCACCUGUGCUAGUCUGGCUCCAAUUAAGACAGAGUGAUGGCCUAAGCCCGUUUCUAAACUUUGGUGUACUGUUGUUGUGCCUGUCAGCCUCUGGGGUGUGUUUCAUCCUUCCCUUUCCCGUGGAGCAAAUGUCACUGUCCUGCUGUCCAUAAAAGAGCAGAGAUACUUAAGUGAGGCGUUCCUGUUGCUGCAAAGAGAGCAAAGAAUGUAUUGUCUUUCUCUGGCAGCCUCAAUGCUUUUUCUGUAGUGAAUAUCUUCCUGCUUUUGGUUGCAAAGGAUAAGUUGCAGUUGAUGCAAGUAGCUGCAACUGCCAUAGCACCCACUAUAUGCUGUAGGAAUAAGGGGUGCGUCUUAAUCUUGCACCAGCAAGCACAGCACAAAUGUAUUAGGUGGUUACAGGACUGCAUUCCCUGGCCUGCGAUUUCCUUGUGCUGUGUGAGUGCUGCUGCUGUUUUCUUCAUGCAGUGCAGGUAAACGGAGGUGAGUGCCCAAAUGGUCUCUGCAUCGGGAUACCCUGUUGCUGCACAGGGUUUUUGUGUCUAUAACGUAGUUGCUGAUUUAAUUACUCUGUUCAUAAACAGGUAAGCUUUAAAUAUUCUUCUGGCAAAUUAAUAAUAUUUGCAUUUAUUUCUGUAGGCAGAAGCAUUCAUCCUGAUAUGUUAGCCUAUUUGGUAACUGAAAGCUUGCCUUACUUUCAAAGGACAUGCCUCUCACCCACAGUUGUGUUUAGGUUUGUUACGUGUGCCAGUAACAGUGCAGCUUCUGGUCCUGUGAGCAGCCAUUUUGCAAGAGCUCAGCAGCAGUUGUUACCUGGCAACAGUAUAUGAAAUUUCAGUUUUCAAAACCAGUGAAAAUUUCAAGUGAGGAUUUUGCUGAGACAGGAGGCUUUGACUUCGGUGUACUGAUGUGUAAGUGCAGAUGGAGUGGGCUUGCUCUCCAAUGGGGAUCGUCAACUAUUUACCUUGCUAGUGAAAUAGAAGAGUCUCCUUCACCCCCUGUUACAUCUGUCCCCUUCUAAAAGCCUUCAGAAGGCAUGGAGGCCACCAGGCAACUUGUGUUAGGCCAAAUAUAUGAAGUCAGGGCAAACGCACUCUUCAAAGCACAGCUGAAGCUCUGAACACUUGGUUGCUUUACGCAAAACUUGGGUGCUGGAAACUUCUGUGUGAUUAGUCGACCAAGGGAAAAGUAUGGGAAUCCCGUAGGCACAGCUGCACAGUUUCAUAGCUCAGUUACUCAAACACCUGGACUUUGAGGUCAGGUCUCAGUUAGAAGCCGUUUUUGGAAAGUAACAAAUGUAUUACUUCCACCCAACCCCAAAUGUUGCAGCUAACCACUGUAUUGCUGGACUUCAGAGAUCUCUCUGCAGGCAUGAGGGUUGGAAAUGACCCUUCAAGAACCCUUUGGUCUGGCACUUGAUUCAGUAAAUCUGAGUUACCAGCUUAGUCUUUCUGAUGCAGGACUAUUUGCUCCUUGAACCUGGUAAGUUCCUUGUACCUGUUCUUUGGUGGUUUUUCUGGUCUGCUGGGAUUGCUUGUUUAAGAAAAGAGCUAUGGCUUCACUUGUUUGUGUGGAGAUAAGUUUCUUACACGGGAGGUCUCUUACACAUCCUUUUUGGAAAAGAAAACUUUUCCCAACCAAUUCCUCAUAUUCUAUCUGAUAGACCAGUAGAACCUGACAGAAAACUUCUGGAGGUAGUGUAUUUUACAUAUUGCUGUUUCUUUUAAAUGGAUAUUGCGCACAGUUGGCCAUGCUUUUCCCUAGGUUCAGUGAAUGAGAACCAGAGACCAUCAAAUUCAUAUAACGGAGACCUGAAUGGACUUCUGGUGCCUGAUCCCAUCGUGGCUGGAGAUGGACCUUCUUUGGCUAAGCCAGUGCAUCGCAGCAUUUCUUUGGGAGCCCUGCAGGAGAAGCAAGUCAUCUGCCUUUCUGGUGAUGACAGCUCCACUUGCGUGGUGAUAUCGGCAAAAGAUGUGGAGAUAGUAGCCAGCAGUGAUUCCAGCAUCACUAGUAAGGCCAGAGGGAGUAACAAGGUGAAAAUACAGCCUGUUGCUAGGUAUGACUGGGAGCAGAAAUACUAUUACGGCAAUCUGAUAGCUGUUUCAAACUCUUACCUGGCUUAUGCCAUUAGAGCUGCCAGUAAUGGCUCCGCUAUGGUGCGAGUGUUGAGCGUCAGUACUGCUGAGCGGACCUUGCUGAAGGGAUUCACAGGCGGUGUGGCAGACCUGGCUUUUGCUCAUCUCAACUCCAACCAGCUGGCAUGCCUGGAUGAGGCUGGCAACCUUUUUGUCUGGCGCCUGGCCAUGGAUAAAGAAAAAAUCCAAGAGGAGAUCUUGGUUAACAUCAAGAGACCUGACAAUACCCCAUUGAACACCUCUCGAAGAAUCAUCUGGUGCCCUUUCAUCCCAGAUGAUAAUGAGGAGAGUGGUGAAGAGGGAAGUCAAACGUUGGCGUUGUUACAUGAGGACAGGGCAGAGGUGUGGGAUUUGGACAUUAUCCGAACGAACCACAGCUCCUGGCCAGUGGAAGUCCCUAGCAUCAAAGAAGGCUUCAUAGUAGUGAAAGGCCACAGCACGUACCUGAGUGAGGGAGCACUUUCUCCAGAUGGAACUGUGUUGGCCACAGCAAGCCAUGAUGGUUUUGUCAAAUUCUGGCAGAUCUAUAUUGAGGGGCAAGACGAGCCAAGGUGUCUUCAUGAGUGGAAACCCCAUGAUGGUAGGCCUCUUUCCUGCCUGCUCUUCUGUGACAACCAUAAAAAACAAGACCCAGAGGUUCCAUUCUGGAGAUUUCUCAUCACAGGAGCAGAUCAGAAUAGAGAACUGAAGAUGUGGUGCACUGUGUCUUGGACCUGUCUGCAAACUGUCCGCUUUUCUCCUGACAUCUUCAGCUCCAUGAGUAUUCUUCCCAGUCUGAAAGUCUGCCUGGACCUCUCUGCUGAAUAUCUGAUACUGAGUGAUGUGCAGAGAAAAGUCUUGUAUGUGAUGGAGCUGAUGCAGAACCAAGAGGAGGGUAAAGCUUACUUCAGCUCCAUCUCAGAGUUCCUCCUUACCCACCCAGUCCUAAGCUUUGGUAUCCAGGCAGUGAGCCGCUGUCGGUUAAGGCACACUGAAGUGCUCCCAGCAGAAGAGGAAAAUGACAACUUGAGUGUAGAAGGUGCUCAGGGAGCUGGGGCUGUUGAAUCAGCAGCAGGCGUGCUGAUAAAACUCUUCUGUGUGCACACCAAGGCCCUACAGGAUGUGCAGAUUAGAUUCCAGCCUCUUCAUAGUCCUGACAUGAGUGCAUCCAUGCCUUCCCAUGGCUCUCAUGAAGAAUUUGCCUUUCCAGACCACAUGGCUGAUCUAAGUACAGAAGGGCUGGGGUCUAGAAAAGGAUCGGUGCAUGGCUCUCAACCAGACCUGCGGCGUAUUGCUGAUCUGCCUGUACCAGCAGACUUCCUUUCUCUCUCAAACGAUGCCAAACCUAAGCUGAUGACUCCAGAUGCAUUCAUGACACCAAGUACAUCUCUUCAACAGAUCGCUGUAUCUCCAGGCAGCAGUGUCAGUUCCCUGACUGCAGUCACAGCCAUGAGUAGCACUUCUGUCACAGAUGCCUCUAUGCCCAGGGAUUCUCUUACUGCAUCUCAGUUUUGUUGCUUUACAUGCUUCUCCCAAAGGGCUGUUGUUGUUUACAGGCCAUCAGAAGACUUGACUGUGAGCCCCAAGAUGCAGCUGGACACCAGUCUCACACUGAGUAGCAGUAGCAGCAGUCUCCAGACUAGUCCUAGGAGCCAUUCAGUUCUUAUCCCAGGCCUGCCUGACAAGCUAACACCAAAGGCACCUGUUCCAGUUACACCAGGAAACCCCUCUCUAGCACUGGAACUGCAGGAGGUGGAGCCCUUGGUGGUGCCCCAGGCUUCUCCCACCCGUGAGCGCUCGCCAGACGUCAUUUCCUCUGCUUCCACAGCCAUGUCCCAAGAUAUCCCAGAGAUUGCUUCUGAGACCUUGCAACGCAGCUUUGCGGGAGCUCCAUCUGGGCUCCCUGCAGAGGUGCUGGAGCCCAGUCAUCACGCAGACAGUAUGGCAUCCGCUGCCUCAGCCUUGCAUUUGCUGUCUCCGAGGAACCGGCACAAUUCAGAGCACAGCCACCACUCUUUGGACAUGCCUCCAGUGGAGGUGGACAGACUGAAUGCUCCAUCGUUACUGGAGACUGCUUUAACUCAGGAAAAUGCAUCUUCUGACAGUGUUGUGAGUCAGCCAUGGCCAGCAGCUCCUGACAUAACCAGGGAAACCAGGAACAGCAUGGCAGACAGCCCAAGGGAUGAGGUUGAAGAAAAGCACAAGAGCUCUUCCUAUCAUCGACACAGUUACCAUCUGCUGCAGCAUGACAGCCAGGAUGCUAGUGCAGAACAAAGUGACCAUGAUGAUGAAGUUGCAAGCUUGGCUUCUACAUCAGGUGGAUUUGGUGCCAAAGCAUCUACGCAGAGGCUGCCUGUGAAGGACUGGAAAGCCAAGGCAUCCCCCCGGGCUUCCCCAAAGCUAAAGCGGAAGGGCAAGAAAGAUGACGGGGAUGUGAACCAGUCGCCAAGAUCGUCUAAUAACCAGGUGACACCAGAGUUCCAGGAUGAGCUGAUGUGCAUAUUGAGGAGCCAACAGCGGGAGCUCUCUGAGCUGCGUCAGAACCAGAUGGAGCUGCUACAGAGACUCACGGAUCACCUUGAUGCCAUUCAGAGUUCCCUUAUGGGUCACAUGGAGAGGGUGAUUGACUCCCAGCAGGAGCAGGAGCAGAGAAGACUAGACCGAGCGCUGACGGAAGGACAGCAGCGCAAUGGGCAGCUCCAGGAGCAUCUGACUCAGCAGCUCUCUCAGUCCCUUUCUACUGCUGUGUGUAACCGUCUGGAGAGGACCAUUCGUGAGGAGAUGAAGAAGACCGUACCCCAGUGCGUUUCCAAGAGCAUGGACCCUAUCACUGGCCAGCUAAGUAACACUGUUGCCACCAAGCUCACUGCUGUUGAGGGGACAUUGAAAGAGAGUAUUACCAAGCUAGUGAAAUCAAAGAACCUUACAGAUACCAUCGUGAGGGCAACGGCCGAUACCUUGCAGGGGCCAAUCCAGUCAGCUUACAGGGAAGCAUUUCAGAGCGUUGUGUUGCCAGCCUUCGAGAAAAGCUGCCAGUCCAUGUUCCAGCAAAUCAAUGACACCUUCAAGCAGGGCACACAGGAAUAUAUCCAGCAGCUUGAGACUCACCUGAAGAACAAGAAGGUACGAGAACAGGAGGCCCGGGACCCGCUGCUGAAUCAGCUUCGACAGCUCAUCAGCACCUUCCAGAGCACCACCGAGCAGCUGGCUUCCACUGUCGCAGCCAGCGUCCAUGCUGAGGUGCAGCAUCAGCUGCAUAUUAUUGUGGGCAACAUGCAGGAGUCUAUUUUGGCCCAGGUGCAGAGAGUCAUUAAAGGCGAAGUGAGCCUGGCUAUGAAGGAGCAGCAAGCAGCUGUCACCUCGAGUAUUGUCCAGGCAAUGCGCUCGGCGGCUGGGACUCCAAUCCCCUCUGCUCACUUGGAUUUCCAGUCUCAGCAAACUCACAUCCUUCAGCUACUCCAGCAGGGACACCUCAACCAAGCUUUCCAGCAGGCUCUUACAGCAGCUGAUCUCAACCUGGUUCUCUAUGUCUGUGAGACUGUGGAUACUCAGCAAGUAUUUGGACAGCAUCCGUGCCCGCUGUCCCAGCCAGUGCUGCUCUCUCUCAUUCAGCAGCUCUCCUCGGAUUUGGGUACUCGUACAGAACUGAAGCUGAAUUACUUGGAGGAAGCGGUGAUGCACCUGGACCACAGUGACCCCAUCACCCGAGACCACAUGGGGUCAGUCAUGAAUCAGGUGCGGCAGAAGCUCUUCCAGUUCCUCCAGGUGGAACCCCACAACACGCUGAGCAAGCCUGCUCGUCGCCUCAUGAUCAUGCUCCAGGGCCUGGUCACCCCUGGCAUGACCUAGGAGGACCUGGCUACCUUGUGGGCUGCUCCAUGGAAGCCCACCCAGCAGAUCCAGUAGUUACUAACCACGUAUGGCUUGUGUUAAGAGCUCUUGCCAGGAAAUCUAUCAACAUGUGUGUGAUGUCUCUAAGGCAAAUGCCUUCUAUGUAUAGUCCCAAAUAGUCACUGAACGCUCACUUGGCUUAUUUUUCCUAAAUAGGAAUUUUUCCUAGCCUCUUUUUGAGAGAGUUAAGUCUCUUCACCUGCCCAUCCGUCCCUGAGGCCUGGCUGGCAGACCAAGUUGCAUUCAGCAGAAGCCAGUGGAUUUCUUACCCCUUUAGUUUGGAGUCUGCUGCCAUGAGCAGAGAAGGGAGGUUUGUGCUGAGCCCCAAGCAAGGGGGUUGCAGGGCACAUGUGCUCCUUGUUGACCAGAAACUAGUACUGGUAUCUUAGUCAAGGACUCAAACUCCUCCCUGCUGGGGUGAGUAGCUGGGAGGAUAUCUGCUGAGCAGGAAGGGGGGUUUAUUUAACUCCAGAUGCCCACUGCCCCUGUAGUGGGGUGCCCAGCCCAUCCUAGGUGGUGCAGGCAGAUUUGGGCAGGGGGACUGUGCGUGCAUGCCUCUGGAGUGACCUGAGGAGGUGCUCUGGGUCGGGAUGGUCAGGCAGCGGCAAGCUGCGUGAGCCCUUGGGGGCCAUCACUUCUGUUGUGUAUCAGAGCAUGUUCAUGGUUCAGACAUUAGUUUUCAUUUUACACCAGGGUUUUUCUUUUUAUCUAAA